AUGACUGCGAAAGAAACCCAUCCGGCGACCGAGAUGUCGGUGCCCACCAGCGAGAUUGCACCGGCCAAAGAACAGCAGCCCUCCCUGAACGCGGAAGAUUUGCAGUCCACCUCUGAGCUCAUGCGUGAUCUAGAUGGCUUCCUCGCGGCACUUCCGCUCCCCGAGGAGAUCGCCUUCAAGCCCCUCAUCGUCGACGGUAAGAACGAGGUCGACUUUCCCGAGCCGGAGGUUGUGGGGUUUAAAUCGGUGAUCGACGGUGACGCCGGGGUUUACCAGCGCAGUGACGGUGCAAUUCCAACUCAAACUCCCAUCAAGGCGACGAACGAGACCAAGAACGGAGCGGGCAGCAGCGUCAAGUCCGUGAUCGACGGUGACGCCGGGGUCCAGCAGCGCAAUGAUGUUGCAACUCCAACUUCCACCACGACGCCGGUGAAGAACGCGAUCAAAAAUGGAGCUGGCAGCAGCAGUGCUGAGAGGCGCAGGAGGAGGGCUAGCGGUGCGACCGGCUCGGCAGCGGAGAAAGCUGCCAAGAUGAAGCAGGCGCUCGCUGCUAACCGGCCUGCUGAAUCGACGCCGAAAUCGCUCGCGGUAUUGAUGCGUCGUGUUAUCUCGCUUGACGAUAACCUGGAUGAGGGGCUGCGCGCUCGCAUGCUGGAGUUGUCGUUUGCUGCUGACAGGGAGGCGGAGAAGGAAGCGCGGCGUGCCGAGAUGGCAGAGAAGACUGGUGGUAAGACGAGGAUGCCUGCGCUCGAGGCGGGAGAUGGCGGAGAGAAGGUGGAUCCUGUCACGCAGUUGGUGCGCAAUGGCCGUUAG